UCUCUCUCCCUCCCUCCCUCCCUCCCUCGCCAGCCGCCAGUUUUCUCUCCCAAAUCGGCGCCGCCACGCCCCUCCGCCGUGCCUCGCGAGUUGCUGUCUUUUUAGAUUAAACGUUGCUGCUUUCCAUCGGCUGCAUCACUUUGUUGUUGCUGUGUCACGUCCAGACGUCGGGAAUUCAAGUACCUAGCACCUCCAAACGUACGUCGCCAGACUUUCCCUACUGCAAUUGCUUAGAUGGAUUUGGGUGUCGGAGUCAGGAGCUUCAACACCAAAACCACGACCUCGUUCUUCAGCCAUCUCCACCACAUCAAACCCGACAAUCUUAACAGUAAUCGCGUCGCCUCAUAUGCUUUCUUACACUCUCGUCGGAAUCCCAUGGGGCGAGCAUCCGUCAAAGUGAACAACAGCAUCACCGAUUCUGUUUCAAAGGUAAACUCGAUGGCUGCUGAUGAUUAUGUACUGGAUCUUGAGCUAUCAAGUUUGGCAGCUUUGUGCCCCUUGGAUGGACGAUAUUGGUCAAAAGUGAAGGAUUUGGCUCCUUUUAUGAGUGAAUUCGGUCUUAUUAAGUAUCGAGUUGUAGUUGAGAUUAAAUGGUUGCUCAAGCUUUCUCAAAUCCAUGAAGUCUCUGAGGUCCCGAAGUUCUCUAAAGAAGCCGAGUCUUAUCUUCAAAAUUUAAUCGAUCAAUUUAACCUAGACGAUGCAUUGGAGGUGAAGAAAAUUGAGAAGGUGACUAACCAUGACGUCAAAGCUGUUGAGUACUUUCUGAAACAAAAAUGCCAGUCUCAUCCAGAGAUAAAUAAGGUGCUUGAAUUUUUCCAUUUUGCUUGCACGUCGGAGGACAUUAACAACCUGGCGCAUGCGUUGAUGCUGAAAGAUUCCCUCAAUAAAGUCAUACUACCUUCUAUGGACAAAUUGAUCAGAGCUUUGUGUGACAUUGCAACUGCAACUGCUUCUAUAUCUAUGUUGUCUCGAACUCAUGGACAACCAGCUUCACCAACCACAUUAGGGAAGGAAAUUGCGGUCUUUGCGUAUAGACUCAGUAGAGAACGUGAGAUAUUGUCGCAAAUUGAAAUUUUAGGAAAGUUUGCUGGGGCUGUCGGAAACUACAAUGCUCAUCUAGUUGCAUAUCCUGAAGUGAACUGGCCACGGGUUGCAGAGGAGUUUGUGACAUCUCUUGGAAUAAGUUUUAAUCCCUAUGUAACUCAGAUUGAAUCGCAUGACUAUAUGGCUAGACUUUUCAACUCUAUUAUGCUGUUCAACAACAUUUUAGUGGACUUUGACAGAGAUGUCUGGGGAUACAUUUCUUUGGGUUACUUCAAGCAGAUAACUAAGGCGGGGGAGAUUGGAUCCUCAACGAUGCCCCACAAAGUUAAUCCAAUCGACUUUGAAAAUAGCGAAGGCAAUUGUGGAAUUGCAAAUGGAGGCUUAUCACAUCUUAGCACAAAGUUACCUAUAUCACGCAUGCAGCGAGACUUGACUGAUUCGACUGUUCUGAGGAACAUGGGUGUUGGGUUAGGACAUUCUCUUCUUGCCUACAAAAGUGCAUUGCAAGGAAUCGCAAAGCUCCAGGUCAAUGAAGCUUCGCUGAAUGCAGACUUGGACCAGACUUGGGAGGUGCUUGCGGAGCCAAUACAAACUGUAAUGCGGCGGUAUGGUGUUCCAGAGCCAUAUGAGAAGCUCAAAGAGCUAACUCGAGGCAGAGCAGUCACUAGAGAAAGCAUAAGAGAGUUCAUAGAAGGCCUGGACGUUCCCACAGAAGCCAAGAAAGGUCUCUUAGAUUUGACGCCCCAUACAUAUACUGGGGAAGCUGAAGAGUUGGCGAAGAAGCUCAACCUCGUUCGGAGCUCGGUGAACGGAGCAAGCCUUUCCUGAGUGCAGUUGAUCACUUUGUUGGUCGAUGAAACAAUGCUUCACGAAUGGUUUGAUCCUCUCUUCUUCUAUCACAACAAUUUUUGUAGGAGACAAUUCUGGACAUGUAAAAUCACUAUUAAUCAAUGUAUAAUUCCGGGAACCCAUUUAUUCGAAAAGAACCGAUAUUUAGUGAA